AUGCCUUGGUUUAUACCGAUUCCGGAAUCAUGGAAGAAACGGGCUUGCAGAUACCUUCUACAGAGAUAUGUGGGCCAUUUUCUGAAGGAAAAACUGUCACUUGAUCAGCUGAGUGUUGAUUUAUUCAGUGGAAGGGGAGUCAUUAAAGAUCUAAAUUUAGAUGUAGAGGCAUUAAAUGAAUCACUAGAUAAAGUGAAUGCACCAAUAGAAAUUAUUGAUGGCUAUAUUAGUACUAUAUCAAUGGCCAUUCCCUGGUCCUGUCUACUCUCUGAGAGUAUGGAGAUAGAAAUUAAAGGGUUAGAGAUAACCAUACAGUUAAAACAAUACACCUUCCUAAACACAGCCUCAAUGUUUAGUAGUAUGACAUCAAGUUUACAGCUAGCAGAAGAAGUUAUAAAUUCAGAUAAAUCAGCUAGUGAUGCUACACCUGAAUCUGAACCGUUUGAAGGUGUACAGAUGUUUGCCCAGACCAUUGAAUCAGUGUUGUCAAGAGUAAAGUUAUCACUAUUAGAUACUAUUAUUAGACUAGAACAUGUUAACAAUGAUACAGAGAAAGGUAUUGCUCUAGAACUUAGAAUUGAAAGAAUUGACUAUUUUGAUGAUUUAGCUAAUGAGCAGGGAAGUCCAGUAGAUGAUUGUGAAGCCAACAAUCUAAAACUACCAGCAGAAGCUUUUAAAAACCUACAUUUAAUGGGUGUAUCUUUAUAUUGUGACGAGUUCUCACGAACAGUCCAGAAAACACCGACCAUGGAAGACUCUUUGGAUAUUAAUAUUAGUAGUUCAACUGAGAGUAUGCAUCAACACGUUACAUUUCAACCGCAAUCUACAGCCUCAUCAGAAACCCUGGUCACCAACAACCAACCUAUUAAAAUAGCUGUUUUCACUGGUAAACAGGUUUUAAAAGUUAAAGUCAAACAAAACGAUUCCCUGUCUGGACCUAAGAUGGAUGUAGAUUGUCAGAUUGGUGCUAUACAUAUAUUGUUAUCACCAUGGCAGGUUCAUGGUCUAUUAUACAUGUUGAAUAAUAUAGAUACACAAGGAUCUUCGAAAAGAAAUUCCAAGAAGAAAUCUGCUAGAGAUAAAUUGAUGAGUUCUACUGAUUAUCAGGUAGUAGAACAUGAAUUACAAAAACAACUACAGACUACACGACUAAAUCAACCUUUACCAGAACCAGAUUUACAUUAUUUUACUCAAUCUGAAAAUUUAUUAGAUGAUUCUAAUGAUGAAUCUGAGGAGAUAUAUUUUUCUACAUAUGGCUCUAGAAAAUCAGAUCUAUCAGAGAUGGAGACUUCAACAUCCAGUAUUAAAACUGAUACUACAAUGAGAACUAACAGUACAGCUACCACACUAUUAGCAAAGUUAAACUUCGUAAUAUCAUCAUCAAUGAUCUUUUCAAAUGUUUCAGACAAUCUCCAGAAAUAUGCCGAUGAUCCUGCAGCCGAGAUAAGUCACUAUAGAAUGAAGAUAACAUUUGUAUCAGUUUGUAUCUUACAUGAAAACCAAAGUGCCUCUACUCAAGACGUCUUCACCCCUGCAUUGUCAGCAACAGAGAAGUUAAGACAGAUCUCGGACAAGUUUUUUCAGGCUGUGUCCAGAAUUACCUUCGCUGGUGUCAAUGUUUCUCUGAAAGAAUUGAGGGACCAAUUUUCCAAGAUUUUACCCCAUGAUCAUUUAGGAUUUCUUGGUAAACCAUUCACGGUUGACUGUACACAGAAAGUGGCACCACGGCAUAAAACAUUAUCAGUUGAUUUUGUUAUUGGUAUGGCUGAACUGGUCGAAUGCCUGUUUGAUAGAAAAUGCUGGACAGUCUGCACACAUUCAGUUAUAAUUAGUCCUUGUCAGAGAGAGAGAGAGUUCUUUCCCUUUUGUUAUGAAAGUUUUGCAACAAAAAAGAAAAAUAUUGGUCCUAAAUUUAAUCACUCUUCCAAUGACCUCAAAUCCCAAAAGACAGAGUCUUCAAUUCCUGUUAAUCCAUUACAAUGUGAAGUGGACAUUACGAUUAUUGACCGGUUGUCUACACUACUAAACAAUGAUACCUAUAGUAGUUCUGAUAGUAAAUCUACUAGUAAUCUCUAUAAUGACUAUAAUCGACCAUAUAACAGUAUGUUAUUUAAUGAAGCCAUUAUGGAUGAAGUUCCUACAGAUAAACUAGAUAUUACUUUAACUAGUCAGUCAGCUACACUGUGUAUUAGGUUUCCAAAACCAGACCUGAGAUCAUCAACAGAAAGACUUCCAUGGUGGCAACGUAAUUUACAUAAAGAAAUAUUAAUCCUACAGUUACGCAAUUUUAAAGUUUUAACUCAAGUAAACAGUGGCUCAAAUGAAUCUAGUAAAUUAGAAUUUACUUGUAGUGAUAUAUCAGCAUUUUUCCAAGAAGACUGUACCCCUAUAUUAAUAGCCUGUAUUACAUCUGAUGAUACAUGUGAUAACUCUGAGAAAGAUGAAGGUUUUAAUUGGCCGCGACUGGUAAUAACAUCACAUCAGAUCUCGUCUGCUCUUCAACAAGAUGAACACGGAGACUCCAGUGAUUCUACCCCUCAUGAUUCUUUAAACGGUGCUUGCCAGUUCGCUAAGUCUGACCCCUCCCCCUUCUCCGCGAAAAAGUGUUCUGAAACAUAUUUUCAGUUGGUACUACCUGGUAAUGAAGAAGAAUUGAAACAGUUUAGAGAAAAAGAGAGCAGUAAUACCAAAUUAUUAGUAGAAAUUGUACUACCAAAUGUUGUUGGUGUAUUACAUAGUAAACAAUUCUUUGAAUUGCUCUAUAAUAGAGUAAAUAAUGAUUUGUUGCUAUGGGAACCAAUGGCGCCAUCACCUAUUAAUACACAAGAAAAGAUCCACCACAGUUUGAAUGUAUUGUCUCCACAUAAUGCCAAUUCUGAUUCUGAUGAUGAAUCUUACAACUAUUAUUCAAUAAGAGAAAACAAACAGAAGAAACAAACAUCACAUUCACCCACGUUACAGAGUAAAAUGUGUUUAUGUUUAAAUAUUGGCCAUGGGAAAGUUUUAGCCAAUAAACAUGGUGAAAUAUUAGCUGUGAUAGAUGAUACCGUCCUAUUCUCUGUUGUAUGUCAUAAUGGUGAUCCUUAUCUCAGAUAUCUCUGUUUUCAAGCCAAUAAAAUAGACCUUUGUCAUAAUGGUACUUUAACUGAGCCUAGUCUGAGUGGUGAGGGAGCGUUAGAUUCUUUACGAAGUGAACAGACACGAAGUUUACAUCCCUGUAUUAGACGUAGUGUUAGAGGCAUACCAUCUAAACUUGCUGGACAAGUUGGUAUCGGUACUGAUAGUAAAGAUAUGUUAACAGUGGCUGUUAAAUCCAAAUUAGAUACCAUUAAUAAUGUCAAGGACUAUACUGUAUCUGUUUGUGUUAAAGGAGGAACAUUACAUCAUAGAAUGUGUGAUACUGGUGAAAGUUGGAUCACUCAGGCUUUAGAUUUAUUAGAUUUACGAGACUAUCCUAUAUUAGGAUAUAUAGAACCUAAAGUUGUCACACAAUUACAUCUACAUUUAUGGAGUUGUUCUAUAGACUAUAGACCUCUAUAUCUUCCAUUAAGAUCAAUGUUAACUGCAGAUACAUUUAGUAUAUCUAGUAAUAUAGUAACAGGUUCACAAACAUCAUUGUUACGGUUUCAGUUAGAUGAUGCAGCUCUAUUUCUAUCAGAUAAACAAUACAUGGAAGUCAAUAUUAAAGAUGAAUAUGUUUGUGUGGGUGAUUUAGAAAGAUUAGAAUUAUCUUUAAAAACCAAUGAUGGCAAAAAUCAGAAAUAUCCUAAAACUGACCUUCGUAUCCAUACCAAUCGUAUUAAUAUCAGAACCUGUUCAGAUUCCUGUAGUGCAUUAGCUGAUCUAAUACAAUAUUUCGCUACAGACGGUGAUCUUCAACCUAAUCACCACAUACUUUUGAUCAAGAUGUGUAUUCCUCUAUUUCAGCCUAAAGAUGGUGAACCAGCGGUAAGAACAUUGACCAAUGAACCAAUAGUGAUUAUAGAGAAUUAUAUAGCACCUCCAAUAGGUAAAACAGAUCUAUUAAAACAACCUGAUGACUUCCCUACACCUGAUAGUAGAUAUACCUUGAAAGAGUUGACAGUAGUAUGGUACAUGUAUGGCGGCAAAGAUUUUGGUAUGGCCAACAGAUCUAAAGGUUGGUAUUAUAUCAUUGUCUGUUGUGGACCAGGGCGUGACUGUGAUACUUUAAUGGAACUACAACUUAGUAAAGUACGCUUCCAAUAUGAUGUUUAUCCACAACAUACAGUACAAGCUUCAAGACAAGUUUUAAUAAUACACGAAGUGGAGAUCAGAGAUAGACUAUCUAGUUCUAGUAUUAAUAAAUUCCUCUACCAAUAUACCUCCGAAUCAUUACCUAGACAAACUCAUGCUAAUAUGGUAUUAAUCAAAGCUAUACACACCAGACCAGACCCUAACCUACAUAGUCAGGAAUGUGCUUUAAAAGUUAGUUUAUUACCACUUCGAUUGAACAUAGAUCAGGAUUCUUUGUUCUUCCUACGAACAUUCUUCAUGGAAUUAUCUGGAGAAAAACCAUCCAAUCCUUACGAAGUGUCCACCAAUUCUGAUCAGAAACCAGUAAAUGUACCGAAAGGUGUAUCACCCCCCACCCCUGCUCCUCAGGAUGAAGCUUUACAAGCUAAGUUAUCAGAAGAGUCUUCAGAUGCUGGUGAAACAGAGAGUCAACCCGUUUUUAUCAAAACCUUUAUAUUUUCUCCUGAUGUACAUAUAAAAUUAGACUAUCAUGGUAAAAGAUUGGAUAUGCAACAGGGAACACUAGCUGGUCUGUUAGCAGGUUUAGCUCAACUAAACUCUUCAGAAUUAAAGUUACGCAGGUUGAAUUAUAAACAUGGUUUAUUGGGUAUGGAUAAAGUUCUGGCCUAUUCAGCACAUGAAUGGUUAACAGACAUCAGAAGAAACCAACUGCCAAGUAUAUUGGGUGGUGUAGGACCCAUGCAUUCUUUUGUUCAAAUAGUUCAUGGUAUAAAAGAUUUAUUCUGGCUGCCAGUAGAACAGUAUAAGAAAGAUGGUAGAAUAGUGAGAGGUCUUCAGAGAGGUGCUAGUUCAUUUACAACAUCAACAGCUAUGGCUCUGUUAGAGUUAACUAAUAAACUGGUUCUUUCUAUACAGUAUGUAGCAGAGCUAACCUAUGAUAUGUUAUCACCAGGACCUAGUGUCAGACAGCCAAAACUUAAACAUAAAAGGUUUAUGACUCAUAGAAUUCGUAAAGGUCAGCCCUCUGAUUUGAGAGAAGGUGUUAACAAUGCUUAUAUUGUUAUUAAAGAGGGAUUUGGUGAUGCAGCUAAUAACUUGGUGAGAGCUGCUACAGAAGAACAGGAACAAAAAGGAUUGACAGGUGUUGUAGGCGGAGUUUUGAGACAGAUCCCACCCACAAUUGUUAAACCAGUAAUCAUAGCAUCAGAGGCCACAUCCAAAGUUUUAGGUGGAAUGAGAAAUCAACUGAGACCGGAAUCUAAGAAAGAAGAUGAAGAAAAAUGGAAGGGAGAUGAGAAAUAGAUCAGAUUUCAACAGCAUUUUUUUUAAUAUUAAUAAAUUCUUUAUAUGGGUCAGAAUUAAGUCUGCAACACCAAAGUGACAUGGUCUAGUCUAAUAUUCUAGAUAAUAUAUUAUCUGAACCUAUCUGAACCAUCAUAACUUUAAAAUAAUCCUAAAUAUAUCAAAAACACAAGAGAAUAUAUUAUGGUAUGAUUCACUUCUUUAAUAACAAAGUACGUAACGUUUCAACACAAUUUUCACGUGUCGUCAUCAGAUGAAAAGAAGUGUGCUAUAACAUAAUGUAUUUAUUUGUUAUAUCUGCUCCUAAAUGUCGUUCAAAUGAUAAUGAUAUGACUCCUGAUUGGAUAAUUUUUUAUUGAUUUAACCCACACAGAACACUAGUUGUGAAUAAAUGUGUAAGAUUUUAUAAAAACCAAAAUGAUUCAACAUAUAGUAUAUUGUGUAGUUUAGUCCAAAAGAUUAAAUAAUGAAAUAAACUCAAAAGCUGAUGUGAAAAAAAAAUUUCUUUAUUUUUUUUUAUGACAUUUCCCCUUUUUUAGUUUACUAUGUAUAUAUUGUUUAGAAAAUUUCUAUUAUAGUUGAUUUUAAUAAGUUAUUAGAUAUGGUUUGUUUGUUAUGUUUUUAUAUUAUUGUGCCAUCCCUUCAUCAAAAUCAGUAGUUUCAAUGCUUAUUUCUGAAAUUAAAAGUCCCUGAAACGUAUUGCUUACACAGCACAAAUUGAAAUCUACUUUUACCAUUUUUGAAGUAAAAUGAACAGUGUUAGUGAAAUCACUAAGUUUUUUGUAUGUAGGCUAGCUGUUAGAAGGCAUUUGUUGGUUGUGGAUUCUAAUCAAGCGUCCGUUCUGACUAUUCCAGUUGACCCAGCUGUAAAGUGGUUCUUGUAAUCCAAGAGAGAGCAAUGCUAAGUAAGAGGUUUAGCUACGGAUCAGCUGGUAGACAGGAUCCUAGUGAACCUUAGAUGUUACCUUUGUAUAAAAUAUUUUGAUUCUUUCUUUUCUAUCAGUGCUCAAUAUUUUAUUCUUUGUUUUAGUCUUCAGAACUCUAUCUUGUAUCUUACAUAGAUAAAUAUUUAUUGUCUUAAAGGGUAUUGUUGUCUAACUGUGCAUUUUACCUGCUGAUAGAACUCAGCUCUCUGUAACACUCUUGAAAAUGAACAUCUGCAGUCAAGUUUGUCUACAAUCGAAAGUGAACUGCUGUUAACCUGCAGUACUUUAGACAAUUACUAAUUAAAUCAGAAAAAAAAUAAAAUAGUAGGGAAUAUUGUUCAUUUUUUCAGACAUUUACAAUUCUUUUAAUAUAAAAAAGCUUUAAUGGACUCCACCACUGAGAUAAAUUGCAGUUUUUUUUAUCAAUUACCGAAGUCAAAUGUUUAUUCUGACAAAUCAGCAUGUAUCAACUAAUAAUAGUGAUAUACUGUACAUUAUUUGCUUUCUAUGGUGCUUUAAUUUAAAAAAAAAGCUGAAUGUGUGUGUUUAUUAAAGGGAUUGUAAGAUGAUUUCUAAAAAAUGUAUGUGUAUCUUCGAUACAGAUAGUUUCGAUUUACACCAUUUCAGUUUUUAGUGGACUUCUGCGAGCUUUGCAAUUGCACUUAAACUAGGACGUGGCCCUUAGAUAUUAUUAACAAUUUUUGUGAUAGUUUCGUUAUAAGAGGCUUAGUUUUGGCUGAAUUGUACGAAUCACAGAUCUCUGACUAAAGAUUUGAAUGGUGCUAUCAGUGUCCCUCGAUACACAUAUACAAGUUUUUCGAAAAUCUGUUUGCAAUCUCUUUAAAGCUGCAAUGUAUAUAUGAAUGUAUAUGUCAGUCACAUUGUCAAUUUAAUAUAUAUUCUAACUGUGAUAAACAAUGUAAAUAAACAAUGCAAUAUAU